AUGUCUCCGAAGAAACUAAGAAGGAUCUGGAAAGCAUGCCACGGAGAUCUUAUUACGAGCGUCCCUUGGAGCAGUAUAAAAUCUGCCUUCCUAAGCUCGCUACCUUUAUCUGUAUCCUUGAAUAUUCGAAUCUCCACGAAAAUGCAGUCCUUUAGAUCCUGGCUACAUAGGCUCUGCUCCUCCCGCCACUCUACGCCACAGCAGUCGCACGAUGAAAGAUUCGACUAUAUCCAUAAUGCUCCAAACAGUCGCACUGAGAUCCACGCCUGGACACACAGCGGGCCUGCGAAUGCGACAUCAGCUCCGCCAGCGACUUCGUAUAGCCCAGCCCACCACGAGCAGCAGCCACCGCCCGGGACUGCAUUCGGACCCAGCGACCGCGAGCAGUGUUCAGAAUACGGCUUUCCAGAUAUGCAGGCUUUCAAUUCCGACCCGUACGCCCCAGGGCUGUCCCAGCCGUCGCCAAUGUACGGCGACCCGGAGUGGCCCAGCAGUGGCGCAUUCCCAACAAACAGCCCGUCACCACCCAAGAGGCGUGGCGUCGUUGACAAGCUCGAAAGGGACGCGGAGAGCCUCGCCGCGGUCACACCUGGCGCCGUCGCAUACAUUGAUAACGACUUCGGCGGGUUCGACGGGCUCAAGGACUCCGACGAGGUCGACCGCGUCCGGCGGGAAAUUUGGCGGCAUCGGGACUGCGCUCGGCCAGGGAAGAGGUGGUUGGAGGGAUGGAUGAUCCCGGACAUGCCUGCGCUUGAUGCCGCGGAGCAGUCUCCGGACCAGCUCCCCACCUACUAGUAAGAUAUGGACUGCCUUCAGAGACUUUCGCCCGCUGUAAGGCUUAAUACCUCUCCACAUACUCCGGACUAUCAGAGCAAAUUCCAUUCCUACGGCU